AGAGGCGGAGGCAGGGCCCGAGCGCGUUUGGCACGGGACUGGACGAGACGGGACGGGCGGCGAGGGGAGCGGCGGGGGCGGGCGGCCACGCACCCACCCACCCCGCGGCGAUGUCCGACGUGCACCUUUCGGGUGCGGCGGCGGCCCCGGAGCGCCUGGCGGCCCUGCGGGCGCUGCCCGUGCCCGGCCGCAGCGCCGUCUGCAGGAGCUUAUUCGGGCCGGUGGACCACGAGGAGCUGGGCCGGGAGCUGCGGAGCCGCCUGCGGGAGAUGGGCGAGGACGACCAGCGCCGCUGGGACUACAACUUCCACACCGACACGCCGCUGCCCGGGCCCGGCCGCCUGCGCUGGGAGGAGGUGGAGGGCGGCACCGUGCCCGCGUUCUACCGGGAGACGCUGCAGGUGGGCCGGCACCGCGUUCCCCUAUGCCGUGCCCCUCCGGCCCCGCCGUCCAUCGCCAAUACUGCCGCCGCCGCCAAGGCUCCGGGGGGGCCGGGGGCGCGCCUGAGCCGGGAGAACCGCGCCGCGCCCCGCCGACGUGCGCUGCGGCCCCGGCGGAGCGGCCCCACGACCCGCAUCACAGAUUUCUUCGCCAGGAGGAAAAGGCCGGCCGAGCCCAAAGCGGCGGCCGAGCGCCCCGCGGGCUGCCCUCAGCCCCCCGCCGCCGUGCCGGCUGAGCACACCCCCCGCAAGCGGCUCCGCUGAGCCAGCCUUUUGCACUACGGCACCCACGGGAGAGGCGCCGUGCCCCGGAGUUGCGGGCAGCCGGGACCCCCCCGCACCGCGCCCGGCCCGGGCCCCGCAGCGCCGCCGGAGCGGGGACGGAGCCGCAGCCGCAGCGCCCGCCCGCCGGGAGCGGCCGCGCACGGAGCAGUGUUACCGUACGAGUGUGCAAUGUGUGACGUUCUGUACAGAAAUGUAUUAUGCCUAAUGUGAGUACACUGGCCAGAAGUGUAAAGCUUUAAAGGAAACAAAACAAAAAAGUCAUUUAUAUGGAAAUGUUUAAUCUCUGCUGAUCUCUCAGUGCAAAAAAAAAAACUCAAUAAACAAAACAAAAAAAAAAAACAAACAAAAACCCCCAAAAAACCUAAAAAGAAAGAAGAAAAAAGGAGAAAGAAGAAGAAAGAAGCAAGUGUAUAUUUGUACAAAACGUUUUUUUAAGAGUUAUACUAACUUAUAUUUUCUAUUUAUGUCAGAAAUGUGGAUAACUGGUUGGCACCCAAUAGUCGGUUUUUCCUUUUGGUUAAGCCAAAGGGCACUAUAUUUGCUUUUGUUAUUUACAGAAUGUCAAUUUAUUUUUAUAGUCGGAUUUUGGUUUCUUGGCCUUCACGUGACAUAGUAAUGGACCCAGCACUCUGUACCCUUUACUUGAAGACAAACCUGUUCCCAUAGUUCCUGAGCCCCUCUGUACCACUGCCAUUGCCAAUAACGCCACGACCUCCAAUAAUAAAAGCAUCCCAGGAACCCCUGCAA